CGAGCUGCCAAGUUGCUGACCUUGGAGCUAUGUCAGACAACGCUGCUCACGUCUCCCCACCCGACUCGCCGGACGUGCCCUUGGCAGCCUUAGAGGAGGACGACGGGGCGCAGUCCGAGCCUAUCGAUGUCCCAGACGAUCUACAAAAUGACGAUGUAGAUGAGACGCAGGCGGAGGAGCGUGAAGAGGAUGCGGCCCGCGACAAAGAGACCAGGAAACGGGAGAAGGUGGUGUUCGACGCGGAGAGGCGACCGGGCAAGACCCACCUUCCGAUCGCGAGAGUGCAGAAAGUUCUGAAAGCGGAUCGGGAGCUACCCAUGGUGCAGAAGGAAGCCGUAUUUCUUUUCGCCGCGGCUGCGGAAGACUUUACAAUGCGAUUAGCUGCCGCGGUAGACAGCAUGGUGCGCAAGGAUGGCCGUAUUACGGCUCAGUACAAAGACGUCGCGUCGCUCUCGCGUAGAGACGAGUUCAUCUUCAUGGAUGAGAUCAUCGCGUCAAUACCUUCGUCACAAGCUAAGCGCAAAGUCAAAGAUUUACUUGAUGACGACCAGGAAGGCAAGAAAAGGAAGAAGAAACCUGCCCCAGCUGCGGCCGGACCUAUGGAUAAAUUCUUGGGUGCGAAGAGGGGCACGAUAGAGGCGGAAGACAUCCCUGACGAGUCUGAGACACAAGUCAAUAUGAACGAGGAUGGGACUAUGUCGAUGUCGAUUGAAUGACAAGACUACUCAGCUGCUCCAUAUGCCAU